AUGGUGGAAGAUGUAGCCCAAUCAAGGAAUCCCAUGGACGGGAAUGGGGACAUCAGGCAACCUGUACUACAAAUCUCAUGCGACACUGCAUUGGCCAGUGGCCAAAAGUGCUCUGGGAUCGUCUUGCAAACGAAGCCUGGCUGCAGCCCAGGUGUGUCUGGGGCGCUCCGUGAGCUCCUCGCCCCCGUCCAGGGGAGCGCGGCCGGGGCGCUCCGUGAGCUCCUCGCCCCCGUCCAGGGGAGCGCGGCCGGGGCGCUCCGUGAGCUCCUCGCCCCCGUCCAGGGGAGCGCGGCCGGGGCGCUCCGUGAGCUCCUCGCCCCCGUCCAGGGGAGCGCGGCCGGGGCCUGCCUGAGCCCCUCGCCCCCGUCCAGGGGAGCGCGGCCGGGGCGCUCCGUGAGCUCCUCGCCCCCGUCCAGGGGAGCGCGGCCGGGGCGCUCCGUGAGCUCCUCGCCCCCGUCCAGGGGAGCGCGGCCGGGGCGCUCCGUGAGCUCCUCGCCCCCGUCCAGGGGAGCGCGGCCGGGGCGCUCCGUGAGCUCCUCGCCCCCGUCCAGGGGAGCGCGGCCGGGGCGCUCCGUGAGCUCCUCGCCCCCGUCCAGGGGAGCGCGGCCGGGGCGCUCCGUGAGCUCCUCGCCCCCGUCCAGGGGAGCGCGGCCGGGGCGCUCCGUGAGCUCCUCGCCCCCGUCCAGGGGAGCGCGGCCGGGGCGCUCCGUGAGCUCCUCGCCCCCGUCCAGGGGAGCGCGGCCGGGGCGCUCCGUGAGCUCCUCGCCCCCGUCCAGGGGAGCGCGGCCGGGGCGCUCCGUGAGCUCCUCGCCCCCGUCCAGGGGAGCGCGGCCGGGGCGCUCCGUGAGCUCCUCGCCCCCGUCCAGGGGAGCGCGGCCGGGGCGCUCCGUGAGCUCCUCGCCCCCGUCCAGGGGAGCGCGGCCGGGGCGCUCCGUGAGCUCCUCGCCCCCGUCCAGGGGAGCGCGGCCGGGGCGCUCCGUGAGCUCCUCGCCCCCGUCCAGGGGAGCGCGGCCGGGGCGCUCCGUGAGCUCCUCGCCCCCGUCCAGGGGAGCGCGGCCGGGGCGCUCCGUGAGCUCCUCGCCCCCGUCCAGGGGAGCGCGGCCGGGGCGCUCCGUGAGCUCCUCGCCCCCGUCCAGGGGAGCGCGGCCGGGGCGCUCCGUGAGCUCCUCGCCCCCGUCCAGGGGAGCGCGGCCGGGGCGCUCCGUGAGCUCCUCGCCCCCGUCCAGGGGAGCGCGGCCGGGGCGCUCCGUGAGCUCCUCGCCCCCGUCCAGGGGAGCGCGGCCGGGGCGCUCCGUGAGCUCCUCGCCCCCGUCCAGGGGAGCGCGGCCGGGGCGCUCCGUGAGCUCCUCGCCCCCGUCCAGGGGAGCGCGGCCGGGGCGCUCCGUGAGCUCCUCGCCCCCGUCCAGGGGAGCGCGGCCGGGGCGCUCCGUGAGCUCCUCGCCCCCGUCCAGGGGAGCGCGGCCGGGGCGCUCCGUGAGCUCCUCGCCCCCGUCCAGGGGAGCGCGGCCGGGGCGCUCCGUGAGCUCCUCGCCCCCGUCCAGGGGAGCGCGGCCGGGGCGCUCCGUGAGCUCCUCGCCCCCGUCCAGGGGAGCGCGGCCGGGGCGCUCCGUGAGCUCCUCGCCCCCGUCCAGGGGAGCGCGGCCGGGGCGCUCCGUGAGCUCCUCGCCCCCGUCCAGGGGAGCGCGGCCGGGGCGCUCCGUGAGCUCCUCGCCCCCGUCCAGGGGAGCGCGGCCGGGGCGCUCCGUGAGCUCCUCGCCCCCGUCCAGGGGAGCGCGGCCGGGGCGCUCCGUGAGCUCCUCGCCCCGCGCCUCGUCUCAAAUGCUUCCUUGGCUCAGGCUCGGAGGGGGAGGCGUGACGCACUUGCCAAGGAGCAGAAGGCCAAAACCCACCCAGAAGCCAAUGAGCAAACAAAAGAAAAAGGAUCUGUAG